UUUUUAAAACCUUAAAACCCACUCUCACUUCAAUUCAACCACGCUUAUUGCCCCACCCACUCCACACACCCCUCCUUUUAUUUCCACUCAGUUUCAUUUCAUCCAAUCCAAUUCAAAACCUCUUUCACCUUUUCUCAGUAGUUACUCUUUCACUGUCUCCACAACACACAGUUUCUUUCCUCAACUGGGUCGCUGUUUCUUCCCUUCAUGCCAUUGACUUUGGACCCCAAAGUCAGCCACAAGCUCAGUAGCCAAAAGAGGGUCAAUUUCAGAAUCAUCGUUCACAAUUCUCGCAACCCUGAACAAAAAAUCUGAUUUUUUCAUCAUGGGGCUGUUCUUCUGCUGAUUAGGGAAACUAGCAAUAUGGCUCAGUUCUUUAUGGAUUACCUUAUAGUUAUCAAUGUGAGCCUCUGCAUUACUAGUCUUCUGCAAGAUGAUUUCAUUGUUUGAGUAUCAAGAGAGAUCAAAGAAUGGUUCGCCAAGCUGAUUUAGUCAUCAUUGGUGUUUCUGUUGGUUUGACCCUUGGAAUUCUGAUAUCUUGCCUCAUAUUUUUCGGCAUAAGGUGGUACAAGAAACGUGCUCAUAUUAGACGAUCUGCAAAUGAGUCUAGUUUAACAACUCUGCCGAUACGAACAAAUGGAUUGGGAACAAGUAGUGACUUUAGUGCAUCUCUUGAUAGUUCCAUAGCCUCAUCAUGGUCAGAAAAUCUAAAGAGAAAUUCCCAUUUUAGUUGGUGGAAUCAUCAAAAUAAAGAUCGGUUUGCUUCAGCAUCAGGCAUUCUUAAGUAUUUGUACAAAGAAAUUCAAAAGGCCACACAAAAUUUCACAACUACUUUGGGACAAGGAUCAUUUGGCACAGUUUAUAAAGCGACAAUGCCUACAGGGGAGGUUGUAGCAGUGAAGGUGCUUGCACCCAAUUCCAAACAAGGGGAGAAAGAAUUCCAAACAGAGGUAUUUCUGCUAGGAAGACUGCAUCACCGGAAUCUUGUGAAUUUGGUUGGAUAUUGUGUAGAUAAAGGACAACGCAUACUGGUUUAUCAAUACAUGAGUAAUGGAAGUUUAGCGAAUCUUUUAUAUGGUGAAGAAAAGGAAUUGAGUUGGGAUCAAAGGCUGCAAAUUGCUCUUGAUAUUUCACACGGAAUAGAAUACCUUCAUGAAGGAGCAGUCCCACCUGUCAUACACCGUGAUUUAAAGUCUGCCAACAUAUUGCUAGAUCACUCUAUGAGAGCUAAGGUUGCUGAUUUUGGGCUCUCAAAGGAAGAGAUCUUUGAUGACCGGAAUUCUGGUCUCAAAGGUACAUAUGGCUACAUGGAUCCUGCAUACAUUUCCACAAGCAAGUUAACAACGAAGAGUGACAUAUACAGUUUCGGUAUCAUAGUGUUUGAGCUAAUCACUGCCAUCCACCCACAUCAGAAUUUGAUGGAAUAUGUUAACCUUGCUGCAAUGGAUCAUGAUGGUGUAGAUGAGAUACUUGACAAGCAACUGGUGGGAAAAUGCAAUCUUGAAGAAGUGAGGCAGCUUGCUAAAAUUGGACACAAAUGCUUACACAAAUCACCUAGGAAACGCCCCUCUAUAGGUGAAGUUUCUCAGUUCAUAUCAAGAAUAAAGCAAAGGCGACAGCGCCAUCUAACAGAAGAUAACUUGUCAUUUGCAAGCAAUAACUUUUCUCGAGCUGUGAGUCGAUUAGAAGAUCGACAGGUUGAACUAAGUAGGAUGCCAACCAUUAACCUCACAGAAACUGUAUAAACAUAAUUGUUGCUUAUAAAUGAGACCAAUGCAGUUUACGGCUAAUCUAAUGAAACAACUUCUAUUGCAAAAUAUUGAAAUAGUGUUGACAUUUUUAACUCAUGGAGUGAAGGGCAAAUUCACCAUUUGAACCUUGACUUCUGAUGGAAAGGAGAAACAAAGAGUUCCUGCA